UGUCAGCCUUGAGUGUUGACGUCUGCGAGUGACAGCUGGAGGCAGCAGCAGCAGCAGUAGUAGUAGUGGUGGUGGUGGUAGUGGACAAGUGCUGGUUGUCUUCCUUACACUUCAAGUGUAUAAAACUCGGUGGUAGUGGUAAUGGUGAUAUUCGAGUGCUGGUAGUCUCCCAUACACCACACACUCGGCAGCAGUGGUGGUGGUAGACGAGUACUGGUAGUCUUCCCUACACUACAUACUCUGCAGCAGUAGUGGUAGACAAGUGCUGGUAGUCGUCCCUACACACACACUUAGCAACAGCAGUGGUGGUGGUGGUGGUAAUGCUGGUAAACGAGUGCUGGGAGUCUUUCGUUCGUAACACAGCAGCAGUAGUAAUGGUGGCAGCCAAGUGCUGGUAGUCUUCCUUCAACCAUACACGUAUAAUAUACUUAGAAAAUGGACAUGGGGGGUGGACGAUUAAUACGGUUCAUGAUAGUGGUGCUGGUAGUGGUGCUGAUAUGGAAGGUAUGGGAUUACUCUGACCUGCCUGCAGGAGAGCCUCCCCCUAACUUCAAGGUUGGGCAAGCUGUGUCUGCGGCAGCUAAAGCUUCCUUGCAAGAAAAAGGUGAAGCCGAGGGCAAAGUUCAGCUCCUGGCCCCUGCCCCAACCAAGAAUGAGGAACUGGAAGUGACUGUGUACCCGUUUCUACAUGUGGAAGUAUAUUACGAAGCGCUCUGUCCUGACAGUCGUUAUUUUAUUAUGAAACAACUUACCCCAGCCUAUGAAAACCUUCAUGAAAUCAUGAAGGUGGCACUCAUUCCCUAUGGUAAAGCAAGGACCAUUGAAAAGGAUGGAAAGCUGAGUUUUGAGUGCCAACAUGGACCAUUAGAGUGUAAAGCAAACAUGGUUCAUGCAUGUGUUACAAAUGUGGUUAAGGAUGAGGGAAAGCAGCUAGCUAUCAUUCACUGCAUGAUAGACAAAAAUGAUGUGCCCAUGAAAGUUGGGCAGAAGUGUGUUGAGAAGCAUGGCGAAAACUGGGAUGAUGUGAAAUCAUGUGUUGUCUCAGAGAAAGGCAGUAGCAUAAUGAAGCAUAUGGGUGACAUGACCAAUAGUCUUGAGCCCAGGGUCUCCUUCAUCCCAACAAUUACUGUGGAUAGGAGCCAACAUGAUCAGAAGCAUAUCCUGCAAGAUCUUCAUAAAGUGCUAUGCAAGAGAUAUAAAGGUCCAAAACUACCAUCAUGUUAGCUAACAAGGUGCAAAAUGCAAGCUUUUAGUCUCAUUUUUCUACAACAGGACAAAAUGUGCUUUUUUAAUUUAUACAUUUAGUUCAUUCCAUAUAGUACCUGCUCUGAUGCACCCUUUUGUACCAGAUGUUGCAGUGUGAGCGCAUUUAAUAUGACUGUUUUAUGUUAGAGCUAUGACAAUAUUAUGUGAUUAAUUAACCCUUUGACUGUUGGUGUCGUAUAAAUACGUCUUACGAGCCAGUGUUUGACAUAUUAAUACACCAAAAUUCUGGUGGCUUCAAAUCAAGCAGGAGAAAGCUGGUAGGCCCACAUGUGAGAGAAUGGGUCUGUGUGGUCAGUGUGUGCAAUAUAAAAAAAUCCUGCAGCACACAGUGCAUAAUGAGAAAAAAAAAAAAACGACUGUCUUUUUGGAUUAAAACGCCGACUUUGAGGUGUAUUUUCGUAUAGCAUUUUUGGUUGUAUUCUUGUUUUCUUGGUCUUGUCUGAUAGAAUGUAAGACAUGUUACAGAAAUAGAGAUGAUUUUGAUUGGUUUCAUGAUGAAAAAGACCUUGAAAUUGAGCUCAAAUUAGCGGAAAUGUUUGAUUUUUGCCGAUGUUCAAGAGUAAACAAAUAACGUCGCCAUCCAUUCUAAUACGUAUGCAGUCAUGAAUGGGUUGACAUUUAUACAAUUAUUACAAUAAUGCAGUAGUCUGCAUAACAGUAAAUUUUCUAUUUUUUUGUGUGAAUAAAAAUUCAAAAUAGAAAGCAAGAGUAAUAUAAGAGGACCUGGAGAUGUGACUAAUGAACAGAAAAAAUGUUAUUUUAAUGCCAGUAAUGUCUGCAUUGUUUAUUCUGGACCCUAUUUUGAAGUUGGCAUUUUUUUUAAUUUGCGUGAAAUUGGCCAAAUUGCCAAUUUCUAACCACUUUGAGUAGUUGAAAUCUAUAUAUGGGCGGUUUCUUGUACUCAGUCGAUAGAACAAAUGGAGUUCUAAAGAAAUAACCGAGUUUGGUAGACUGGAACAAUGGAACUGGCCAAAAAUAGGGCUCAAAUUGAGCAAAAUCGCCGAUUUGUAUUGCCGAGUUCCCUAACUUCACGAGAGCGUAAUUCCAUAAGUUUUCCAUCAAAUUUCAUACUUUUGGUGUCAUUACCAUCGGGAUUUUUUUUUUUUUUUUUUUUUAAAUAUUUUGCGACAGACAUUUCAAGAUUUGCGGUCUUGACAGUCAAAGGGUUAAGUUAUUGAUUCUAGGGCUUUGGCAUUUUGUAUUUCCUCUUUAGUUAUGAAUGAAUUGGUAGUUAUUUAAAGACUGUUUUAAUAGAAUGUUUAUGUAUUUUGAUAACACGUGGUGUGAUAGUGAACUUUCAAGUGAAUUUGUUGCAGCUGUGAUUUGUUUUUAUAAUGAAUUAAUGAAUUUAUUUUGACUAAUUACUGUGCAUGCAUAUGAACACAAGUUUGUAAGUGUUGUGCAUUGUAUACAGUAGGUCAAGUAUAAUUUAUUUGAAAACUUUAAUUUGAUUCUGGAAAAUGAAUGUAUUUUUAGAAGUCUUAAUACAGGCUUAAAAAAAAAAAAUAAAUGUACGUAUUUGAAAGUGAUUUUUAUACAACAGAUAGCAGUGUCUUGUAAUUAGUUUAAAAUAUCAAUGUUCGUAGUGUUGUAGUUUACCAGGUUUUAGUGUAUAAAAAUUUAUAAUGUAAACAGAGAAAACUUUGCUUUUGAUUGUUUUGAUGUGUUGUUACUGCAAUUAGGAUCACUUAUAUUUUUACUCAUUGUACAGUAGUAUGACUGUUUUACAGUGGAAACUUGACAAACACACAAGAAAAUUAAUUAUCUUCUGUAUGGAAUUUUAUUUUUGCAAAAUUAUUCGAAUUUUUGUCAUUACCAUCCAUUAUUGGCCCUUAAUAAAUCUUGAACACAAGUUUAUGGUCAGGCUUAAUUAACUACAUACAUAAUAGGAGGAACAUGUGGGGGUAGGUGGGUGUGCGUGCGUGUGCACGUGCAGGCAACACCUGUAUCUACAUACAUUAUUUUGUAAACUAUUCAAAAAGUAUAUGGGGUAGGAAUUACAGCAAGGUAGCCAUAACACUACCAUGUCAUCACUCAGUUACUGGUUUAUGAAGACUACAAUUCAAUUCUAAAAGUUGUUUAGCAAGAUUUUAUGCUAGAAUCUUUCAAAUGGUUGCAGUGGUUUUCGAUGAAAAUUUCUUUAGGGUAUAGAUUUACUUGCAGGCUUCGUGGGUUCAUUGGCUAAGAGUAUUUACUGGGUUUUAGGGCUACCUUGCUGCAAGUUCAAAUCCUACCUAUUAAUUGCUUAUAGUCAUUCAUGUACAUAUACUUACAUGUGUGUGCAUGUGACACACACAGGCCAGGAACUGUGACUUGACCCCUGCAACCACAAUUAGGCAAGUACAUACACUCACACACUUAUGUUCAUUCAUUCAUAUUCCCUGUUACAUGCUCUUUAAAAUUAGUGGGUGUUAGUUUAAGUGUCUAAUAUAGUUGAACACUGAAAUCUGCAAGAGUUGCUCGAGAGCCUCAUGAAUUCAGAAUUUGCUAAUACUUGUACCUUUAAAUUCUCUCAGUACAUGUGUAAUUAUUUUUUUUUCCACCAUGGGUUAAUUUUGAAUUUGAGAAACCUUAAAUGUUGCUCUAAUUUUGUUAACAUUGAUAAUUAAAAGCAUGUCCAGACAGCCGAGAGAUGUAAGUGGUAAAUCAUGGAGCACAUUUUGAACAAAAUCCUACAAGAUAGUGAACCAAGCCAUGAAGAAAAACAACUUGCAGAGAUUCAAACUGUUCAUGAAAUGCCCAACUGUACAGUAAAAUUGAAGCUUGUGAAUUAUGAUCUUUGCAGAAUUUGAGUUUGACCACUGAAAGUAUUUCAGUAUUUCAGUUGUAUGACAGUCUGCUAUAGUGUCUUUACCCAAAUGUAUUUGUGGGGAUUUGAGCUAUUGCACUUGGGCCUUGUCUGUUGAAUACAAAAAAAAAUAAUGUACCCAGCAAAUUUAUUUAAU